CUAGUCGCCAGCCGAGAGGACGCGGCUGUGACACAAAGAUUUUGUGUGAACAGUAAUGACCUCACGUUUCCGUUUGCCUGCUGGCAGAACCUACAAUGUACGAGCAUCAGAAUUGGCCCGAGAAAGACAACACACAGAGGUGGUUUGCAAUAUCCUCCUUCUGGAUAACACUGUGCAAGCUUUCAAAGUUAAUAAACAUGAUCAGGGCCAAGUUCUGUUGGAUAUAGUCUUCAAACAUCUUGAUUUGACUGAGCGUGACUAUUUUGGUUUACAAUUGACUGACGAUUUCACAGAUAACCCAAGGUGGCUGGAUCCAAAUAAGCCAAUAAGGAAGCAGCUAAAGAGAGGAUCUCCUUACAAUUUGAACUUUAGAGUCAAAUUUUUUGUAAGUGACCCCAACAAAUUACAAGAAGAAUAUACAAGGUACCAAUACUUUUUGCAAAUUAAGCAAGACAUUCUUACUGGAAGAUUGCCCUGCCCUUAUAAUACUGCUGCCCUUUUGGCUUCCUUUGCUGUUCAGUCUGAACUGGGAGAUUACAGUCAGUCAGAGACUCUGCCAGGCUGCCUCUCAGAUUAUUCUUUCAUUCCUAAUCAACCUGAAGAUUUUGAAAAGGAAAUUGCAAAAUUACAUCAGCAACACACAGGCUUAUCUCCUGCAGAAGCAGAAUUUAAUUAUUUGAACACAGCACGUACCUUAGAACUCUAUGGAGUUGAAUUCCACUAUGCAAGGGAUCAAAGUAACAAUGAAAUUAUGAUUGGAGCGAUGUCAGGAGGAAUUCUGAUUUAUAAAAACAGGGUACGGAUGAAUACCUUUCCAUGGUUGAAGAUUGUAAAAGUUUCUUUUAAGUGCAAGCAGUUUUUUAUUCAACUUAGAAAAGAAUUGCAUGAAUCUAGAGAAAUAUUAUUGGGAUUUAACAUGGUGAAUUACAGAUCAUGUAAAAAUUUGUGGAAAGCAUGUGUAGAACAUCACACAUUUUUCCGUUUGGACAGACCACUUCCACCUCAGAAGAAUUUUUUUGCACAUUAUUUUAGUUUGGGUUCAAAAUUCCGAUACUGUGGGAGAACCGAAGUUCAGUCAGUACAGUAUGGCAAAGAAAAGGCAAAUAAAGAUAGGGUAUUUGCAAGAUCCCCAAGUAAGCCCUUGGCACGGAAAUUAAUGGAUUGGGAAAUAGUAAGCAGAAUUUCAUUAUCUGAUGACAGAUUAGAAACACAAAGCCUUCCAUCACGGUCUCCACCUGGAACUCCUAAUCAUCGAAAUUUUGCAUUUACACAAGAGGGAACCCGUUUACGGCCAUCUUCCGUUGGGCAUUUGGUAGAUCAUGUGGUUCACACGUCUCCAAGUGAAAUAUUCGUGAAUCACAGAUCUCCGUCAUCGACACAAGCUAAUAGCAUCGUUCUGGAAUCAUCACCGUCACUAGAGACACCUGGUGAUGGGCAGCCUCCAGCUUUACCACCCAAACAAUCUAAGAAAAACAGUUGGAACCAAACUGACCAUUCACACUCUCAACAAGAUCUGGAAAAUCAUAUCAGUGAAACAUUUGAUGUUCUAUCUUCUCCAGAAAAAUCUACUCCAAAUGGUGGUAUUCCACAUGAUAAUCUUGUUCUAAUCAGAAUGAAACCUGAUGAAAAUGGAAGAUUUGGAUUCAAUGUAAAGGGAGGAUAUGAUCAGAAGAUGCCUGUGAUCGUGUCCCGGGUAGCACCAGGAACACCCGCUGACCUCUGUGUCCCUCGAUUGAAUGAAGGGGACCAAGUUGUACUGAUAAAUGGUCGAGACAUUUCAGAACAUAGCCAUGAUCAGGUUGUCAUGUUUAUUAAAGCAAGCUGUGAGAGACAUUCUGGGGAACUUGUGCUUCUAGUCCGACCUAAUGCUGUGUAUGAUGUGGUGGAAGAAAAGCUAGAAAAUGAACCAGACUUUCAGUACAUCCCAGAGAAAGCCCCCCUAGACAGUACCCAUCAGGAUGACCACUCCCUGCGGGAGUCGAUGAUCCAGCUAGCUGAUGGGCUUAUCACGGGAACAGUCCUGACACAAUUUGAUCAACUAUAUCGGAAAAAACCUGGAAUGACAAUGUCUUGUGCAAAAUUACCUCAGAACACAACUAAAAAUAGAUACAGAGAUAUUUCGCCUUAUGAUGCUACACGGGUCACUUUGAAGGGUGACGAGGACUAUAUCAAUGCAAAUUACAUAAAUAUGGAAAUUCCUUCUUCCAGCAUUAUAAAUCAGUAUAUUGCUUGUCAAGGGCCGUUACCACACACUUGUACAGAUUUUUGGCAGAUGACUUGGGAACAAGGAUCCUCCAUGGUUGUAAUGCUGACCACCCAAGUCGAACGUGGCAGAAUUAAAUGUCACCAGUACUGGCCAGAACCCACAGGAAGUUCAUCCUACGGGUGCUAUCAAGUUACCUGCCACUCAGAGGAAGGAAACACUGCUUAUGUCUUCAGGAAGAUGACACUGUUGAACAAGGAGAAAAAUGAGAGCCGUCAACUCACUCAGAUCCAGUAUAUAGCCUGGCCUGACCACGGAGUCCCUGAUGAUUCAAGUGACUUUCUGAAUUUUGUUUAUGAUGUACGAAAUAAAAGAGCCGGCAAGGAAGAGCCUAUUGUUGUUCACUGCAGUGCUGGGAUUGGCCGAACGGGGGUUCUUAUUACUAUGGAAACAGCCAUGUGUCUCAUUGAAUGCAAUCAGCCAGUUUAUCCACUAGACAUUGUACGAACAAUGAGGGAUCAACGAGCCAUGAUGAUCCAAACACCUAGUCAGUACAGAUUUGUAUGUGAAGCUAUUUUGAAAGUCUAUGAAGAAGGAUUGGUUAAGCCCUUACCGUCUCCAGACAAAUGAAAGAAAAGGACUGGAAGACAGGCUGGAACAGGCUCUGCAGUGAGCCGUCCUGCUGCUUGCAGGAAGUGGCGUCUACAGGAAAUGAGGAGCUAAGACAGACUUUGAAAUCUUCAGCACUGUUGCACUUUACAUUUUAAAAGUCAUUCUCUCGAACUCUUGGACUUAAUGUUUAAAGACUAGUUCAUGCUUUGCUCCACACAAAUAGUGACUGACUGAGGAUGUUCAGGGUGAGCUGUGAGAUUCUGUGGUGGGGCCAUGCAGUCCCUUCUGGUGCAGUUGCCACAAACAAGGUUCCGAGAGCUCUGCUACAUCUCUGUAUCUUGAAAGCGAAAAGAAGUAAGCAUCAGGAUGUCGGCCAUGGUAUUUCCUGUGAUUCAUGUACUUAACUAUAUACAGAGUUUCAGGUUUUAUUUUUAAAAUUUUAGCAAUAUCAUUCUCAAUAUUAGCCAGUAUACUGCCUUCGGAUGCAGCACAUGUUCCCCUGUACUCCCCUAUAGAGACCUGCUGUUCAUAAGAAGAAAGAUGGAAUUUGCUAUUCCCAGGAAAUGCUGCACAUUGUUCAUUUACCAGCAUCUUAUAGAAAGUAUAAAUACGAAUCUAUAAUGUUUCUUGAAUUUAAUAAUGUAACAUAUUUAUCAUAAGCCUGGCUUAUCCCAAAUCAUGUGGUUUCAGAUACUUGAUGUAAACGAAUGCAUGCAUCGUGUCUUAACCCCUUAAGUGCCUUGAGACACCCUUGUAUGUCUAAUGAAAAGGCACUCUUUUGACCCUACUAGGAGGUAUGUAUAUUGUAUAUUCUUACAUUUUUAUGAAUUUUGAAUAAGCUCACAUCUUAAAAAACAGCUUCUUGUAUUGCGAGUUAUGCAGUCAGAGUAAAGACGUUCUGUUGCUUUCAUUCUUACUCAGUACUUGUAUUUUACCAUAAAAAAAGAAGAAGAAUUUGUGUUCUACUGGGCUAGCGCUCUCCUGCUAUGAAGUUAUUCAAAACGCGCACACUCCUGUACUGGCGGCCAGGGUUAAAGUUUAGCAGCUGAACAUGCAGGACGCUGUAGCCUUCAGAUCCCAUACCUAUUUCAGCUCUACCUUUAGAUAUGAUACAAUAUGCACAUCAAAGUUAGACCUGUUGGUCCCCUGAAGUUAAAACUGUAAUAACCUAUUCUGAUUUUUUUCCUACCACUAACCAAAUGGCUACUUUUCAGAGUUCAUUUCAGUCCAUCUCAAACUUUGUUCACAGUAGUAUAUAGGCUGUGGUACUUCAGAUAAGGAAUGAGAUGUUUUUGACCUAUUUCGACAUGUAAUUACUCUAGCUGUAGUGACAAUUAUUGGGCACUUUUGCAUACAAUUUGCUCCAGUUUGUAGUUUAUGGCAAAUUAAUAAGGAGAGGUUUGGUUGUCCAGUCCAACAGAAGAUCUGAUUUCCCUUUAAGGAGGUGUAUGUUUUCCUCUUCGGGGUUUUUGUUUAUUUUUAAUUACCCAGUUUAAUCAUUGAAAGUUUCCUCACCUACUUAAGUGUUAUUUAAUAUGAAUUGUGAUCAAAAUAUAUUGAAAUGGUGAUAGUUUUUAAUAUUUCUCUAUAGUCUUGAUAAAAUUUAGAGUAAAAUGGUAGCUAUUUUAGAAUGCCAUUUUAUAUGAGGGAAAAUGUACAUUUGAGAAACUUCAGUAUGUUCAAAAUGAUAUUUCCAUAUGCUCAAAAUGUACGAUGAUAAGCUUUAGAAAGUUAAGCUCCUAAAUAUUAAUAGCCAAGAUACCAAAUAAAUUAUUGUUAAUAUUCUAAAUUAGUUUAAAAAGGGAGGUGAAUAUAACCUUUACGUUAAAGGGAAAUUCUCUUCUCUCUUCCCAGAUUUUAUAAUCAAAACUGCCGAAGACACCGUAUAUGCUCGCGUAUAAGCCAACCCAAAUAUCAGCCGAGGCACCUAAUUUUACCACAAACACUGCAUUAAAAAUGUGCUGGAAAACUGGGCUUACACACAAUUAUAUGCGGUAGUUAAUAACUAAAUCUUAUGUAAACAUUCCACUCUCUAGCAACAAAUGGAGGUGAUUUGGGCUGCUGUGUACCACCAUGGUGAGUUGAAAGUGAAGACAUAAAAUCAUGCUGGGGGUCUACAUAUUUAAUAACUAUUUUAGCAGUUGAUUUUCAUCAGAGUAUUUUAAUUGUUCAGACAGAAUAUGCAGCCACAGACAAAGAGAGACCCAGCAAAUGUUAAGGUUGGCAUGUGCUUUAAGGGUUGAUUUACAUAAUAAUCUGUAGUCAAUGUGCACUGCUGGCUAUUUCUAAUCAUUAACUCAUGUCUUUAAAUAACAAUGUAGGAGUUUAUCAUGACAUUUUAAUUUCUCGUGUAUGAAUUUUCACCGGAGACUCAACCUCUAUCAUUAAUUUUAUGUACAGAAAAUCCUUUUUUUUUAAACCAUUUUUCUUGGGAUCUUACUUAAAUUUCAAAUAAAUUAUCCCUCACAUCUUCUUAAAAUGCUAAUUGUCUCCCUACUCACCCCAAAAAUAUGACUAUAACAGCUGGGAAUUAUUAUGCAUUUUGUUCCUUGAAAUAGGGUUCUGGGAAUCUUAACUUUCACACUCUAAUAGCUCUACAAUUCAACCACAUCAGCGCAGUUUUAUGUGGUAAAAUGCCAAAUUUCUUGCUUAUAAGCUAUCUUCCCCAUCCUCCAGCCACGUCUUCAUCAUCCCUUGCCACACACACACUCAAGAAAGCGAUGUUGAUCUUUGUUCUGACAAGCGGAAAUAGUAAUGAUGCAAGGAGCUUUUGUAAAUGCUAAGAAUUACUGUGUGAACCUUUCCUCCUCUGAGUUGGGGUGGCUUUUCCAUGUUUAGUUCGAGUGUUUAAUUGAGCAUCUGAUUUGUAUCCGCACUGUGUACAUAGGAUGUGGAAUAGACUUAUAUUCUUACACCCCCCCCCCAAAAAAAUGGUAGUAUUUUUAAACCAGUGCAUCCAUUCCAAAUAGAGCUAGCCUAAGAAAUAUAAUUCCCUUUAUGUGGCCUGCUGGUACAGUAGGAGUGGUAAAAAGGAAGGAUCAUUUUGAUUAGGAAGAAAGAAAAUUUAGUAUAUAAAACCUGACUUCAAAUGUGCACGUGUAUGUGGAGGCAUUCAGGGAGUGGCUUGCAGGUAUCCAGUACUACUGUGUACACAUGGAGGCUCGUGGGGCAUUUAGUUAUGGGUGCAUUGCACAGUGGCUAUUGCUGACAAGUAGGGGGAAAGGCUUAUUUUAACUAUAGCGUUUAUAAUCUCUUGGCAAGUCCGAGCUGGUCUAAUGAGGUAUGUGAGCAAACAUCUCCUGUCUCCACUGGAAGUAAUAAAACCAGAAAGCUAAACGGAGCUGGAAAGAUGUAUUCCAUCUCCUGCCCUGUGUGUAGGCACGAAAGAGCCCCCAAAGGGCCACUGGGCUAGCAGGUUCGGGCUUUCUACUCUUUGUGUUUCCUUUCUCAAUUGGGUAUGUCUAAAUUCCGGGAUUUCUGUAAGUCAUCAAUAUAUGUUAAGGUCAUAACUUUUUAUAAAUUUUAGACUUUCAGCUCACAGAAGUAUCAUCUAUGAUGACCUUAGAAGCUUUGACUUAAAUGAGAUGAUAGUAAGGGUUCAAAAGGUGUUCCCAUCUGAGGUGCCAAUGCGUUUGCUAAGCAUGAUUCCCUGGUGGAACAUAUGUUUCUGUACUUAGUUUCCUGUACAUGCAGUACAAAAACAUUCUUAAGAAUUAGAGGACUGAUUUUAAACAAGCUCUUAAAACAUAAAAACAAAGAUUUAGGCUUUAUCUUUAUAAUCCAUUUAUGUUCAUACUGUGAACAUGUGGUUGAAUUAAAAUAUUACUUGUUUUACCAGGAAAAGAGACCGAGACAAUUGAUAGUAUGCUAUUUAAUUAUGUGGGUUUUGAAUAUAGAACUAUUCUGAUGAUAAAGUUGCCAAAGCAGUUUUGAAUUUUAUGAGGAUUAAAUACCACAGUAAUGUGGAAAAUGUUUACAGGCUCUUCUUAAUUAUUUUGUAGUUCAGAUAAAUUUACAUUUAAAUCGCAGUACACCCUUUAUGGUAAUUAUUUGUUGGAAUAAACAUCUUAAUAACAUAAUAAAAUAUAGAUAAAACAUACCAUCCAAAGUUUUUUAUGUAAGCUUUCACAUCAAAAAUGUAACUGAGUUUAUAUCAAUUUUGUUUACUUCUCACAUUUACUCCCAUUACUGCGCUACAAUUACUGGAACAAUUUUUUUGUGGUGUUUCUUCUAAGUGAAACACCCAUGCUAUAAAAACAAACAAUUAAUUGUAGCAAAUAUCAGAGUUGUUAAUCUAUUGGUAAAAUUUUAUUGGUGUCCAACUGUGAUAAAUAAUAACAACCAUUUAAUAAAAUACUUAGAAAAUUUUAUCCCCAACAAGGAAUUUACAUAAUCCUAAAACAUUUUUGAGCAAUAAUUGCUAGUAUGUAACUCCUUUGUUACAAAAAAACAACCUGAGGAAGUAAUCACUAAAUUGUAUGCUUCAGCUCACUUUAUAACGUUUGCAACUAUUACCAUCACAAUUGUAUUACACAUACCCAAAUUAAACAAACCACUGCCUUAGAGGCCACUCCAACUCUAAGCAGCCUGACGAACAGAUUAGAAUUGCCCCACAGGGUUUCCAAAGUUAGCAAUCUUUAUGGAAGUAGACAGCCACACCUUUCUCCCGCAGAACAGCUAGCAAACUCCACUGUCGACAGCGCAUUAGCCACUGCCAUUGGGCUCCUUAUUACAUAUAAAGUCUAUGUUCUCAGUAGGAAUUACUAGAAUAAGCCUUUCAAUGACAUUAAAAAUAAAAAGCCCUAUGUCAGCCUGGAAUUAUUUAUCAUUUUAUUUUUACGAUCUUGGUGAAGCUGUUAUAGGUACACAUUAAAUAUUUGUUUUCAUACCUAAAUUUGCUGCUAUUUAUGUUUUUCUACUGCUGUAUACUGUUGAUUUCUGUGUUUUGUGGUCAUUGUAAUUUAGUAAUUCACACUAAAUAUGCAGUCCAAUCGUAUUUGCUGGGGAGAAUUGGCUAGAUCUUGUUCCUUGCAUUAGUAAGUGAAACAAAUUUUAAUUUGUUUAAUUUACAAGAGUGAAAUGUAUUAGCAAUAUUGCAAGUUAAAGAUUAAACUUAAGAAGGCACUUCAAAGUUUAAAUCUUUUUACAUUUCCAGUCUAAAAAGGAAAAUAUGUGGAGGCCUUGUUAUGCUCAUGAAAGUUUCAGUUAAACACUGUAGAAUUUGCUUAGAAUGUUGUGGUAUAAAUGAUGUAGAAAAUAUUUUUCUAUGAACAAAAAAGUUCAAAGCUGUUAACUUCUUUUACUUCAUUGUUUAAAGAAGAGAAAUUGCUAUUUGUAUGUCUUUCAUGCUGUAAAAAAAUGAAUGUAUCUUCAAAUGGUCUUAGAAUUAUUGCUUUAAUUCUAAGAUACUCUUCGUUUAAAAAAAACAAACAGCAAAGGAUUGAAAAGAAGGAAAUAACCGUGUACUGCACUCCAUUCUUAAAAAUUCAAUUUAAGAACAAAAAAAUUUACUUUUCAUUGUAAACAAAAAUAAUCAUUAUUGAAACAAAUAUAGUGUACAAUUAGUUUUCCAUUUUCCUUGUUUGAUUUCUAUGAUAGAAAAUUUCAGGAAAUUUUACACAAAGCUUCAAAAUAUAGAAUCUUUGUGUGGGGGAGUGUGUGAGGGUUAAUGUGGUGUGUUUACAGUGAAGAGAAAUCCCCUGGCUUUGUCCCUGUAGCACCACCAUGAAGAUGACAUUGUGAGAAUGUGAUUUUGUUGAAGCCAGAAAACUGCCUGAGUCACCACAAUACCUGAGAGAGAGGCACCUGACCCAGCAAUGGUUUCACCUGUUUGUUCUCAGUACCUCGGGCAGACAGGGUAUUUCCAGCUCUUCCCUGGGGCAGUGAUGGCGUAGACGUAAGGCUUCAUUCAGCUCAACAGCCACCAUGUAGGUAGGAAACCUACACUAGAAACAUCUUUCCUUUGACAUGACUAAUGUGGUCAAAGUCUUUAAAAGGUAUUGCUUGUCGUGCAUUAAGCUUGAAUCAUGAGGACUUCAUUAUUUUGAUCCUCGCAACCUUGUUUAAUUCCUCCCCAGGCCCCAGUGUUUUAAAAAAACACCAAUUUCCCUUUAGGUAAAUAUUUAACCUUGGAAUUUCCCAAAAUAGCAAAUGCUAUGUGUGAUAACCAAUAAAAUGCCACAUUGCUCAAAUAAAAUUACCUCCAGGAAGCCAUCAAAACAGGAGAGAACCCUGCUCAAACUCUUAGACCCAAGUCGAUGUUGGUGUCCGGUUGCCUCGAUGUUAGUCUGCUAACCCCGAGUUCAACAUUCCAGCCUACCGGUUGCGCCCUUGGAGGCUCUCUGCUUCCAUAAAGAUACACUGUCCUGGACACCUUAUGUGUGGGGUCAACUCUGCGGCAGUGGAUUUGAUUUUUGGUUUAAAUGUACUGUAGUCACAGUUGAGUCCAUUUCUCAUUUUAUGAAAGCGUUUUCAUUUCUGUUCCAGAAUUACUGUUCUCCAGUUGUUUACUUUCCUGAGCAAAGAAGUUUUGCAGCCCAUGAAUGGCAUUCUUUCCUCCCCUUCAGGGUUGACAAGAACACUCAUUAUGCCUGCAUUCUUCUACUAGGUGCCACUGAGUCAGUAGCGACUCACAAAGCCCUGCCUACCAGCGAGCAGAACACUGCCUGGUCCUGCACUGCCUUCCCAACUGCUCGUCCCUCUGAGGCCACUGCUGCAACUGCUGUGUCCUUCCAAAUCCUUGAGGGCUUCCUCUUUUUCAAUGACCUUCGCUCAAGCUUGGUAACAUGUCUCCCAAACCCAACUUCUAAGCAUCAUUCGAGCUGUACUUCUCCCGAGACAAACUUGUUUGUUCCGCAGUCCAUGGUCUUGACAGUAUUCCUCACCACCACCCUAAUUUAACGGCAUCAGUUCUUUUUGGCCCUGCUUACUGUCUAGUAGCUUUCACAUGCAGAUGAAGUUACUGAAAAGCCAUGGUUUGGGUCAGGUGCAUCUUAACCCUCAAAAUGACAUCUUUGCUCAUAACAGUUUUUUAAUGGUCUUGUGCAGAUUUAACCAAUGCAAUGUAAUGUAGUAUAGAUAAGAUCUCAGUGCUACAAUAAAAUUUUUGGAUUGAAAAUAAUAGCACUUUAUUUAAAGCUUACUACUGACUUAAUUUAUGCAUUAAAAAUAAGAGCUAUCCUAGGAGUUUGUAAAUGUGGAAAAAAUUAAUUGGUUAGUGUGUAGACCAUUGAAUUGAGCCCAGCUUUAAAUGCUUUAUAAUGAUCUCUUGAUAGCUUAUUUGUUGUUGGAGAGAUACUUUGUGCUCUAAGCUUUGCAACCUUUCUGUAAAUUAUUUAGUACAAUAAAAACUGCCCAGUCAACUGUC